AUGGGGAAGAAAGGGACUGGUUGGUUUUCUUCUGUUAAAAAGGUCUUCAAACCUUCUACCAAGGAUUUCAAUGACAAGAAUGGUUUUCGCAAGGAGAAUGUGGUGGAGAAACGGCAAGAAGACACACCAGAGGUUGUUUCAUUUGAGCAUUUCCCAGCAGCAGAGAGUUCACCGGAUGUCACCAAUGAGAGUGUUGGUGACCGGUUGUCACAGGCGGGUGAAGAUCGGAAUCAUGCUAUUGCUGUAGCAGUGGCCACCGCUGCUGCAGCUGAGGCCGCUGUUGCUGCCGCUCAAGCUGCGGCUAAAGUUGUUCGUCUAGCCGGUUAUGGCCGCCACUCGAAGGAAGAAAGAGCUGCUAUCCUCAUACAAUCAUACUAUAGAGGAUAUUUGGCUAGACGUGCACUACGAGCAUUGAAGGGACUGGUGAGGCUGCAAGCACUAGUAAGGGGCCAUAAUGUACGAAAGCAAGCUCAGAUGACAAUGCGUUGCAUGCAAGCCCUGGUACGUGUACAGGCAAGAGUCCGUGCACGCAGACUCGAGUUGACACAUGAGAAACUCCAUAAGAAAGUGGUGGAAGAUGAAAGGGUGAUACCACCAACAAAACCACAAGAUAAUAGAAAUCAAAGCUUUGAAAAGAUCAAAGAAAGCACUUUGAGAAAACAUGAUGCAGAAAUGAAGAGAGAGCGAGCUCUUGCUUAUGCGUUCGCCUACCAGCAAGAGCAACAGCAACAACAUUUCUUGCAUCCAGAAUCUAAUAAGACCGCGUUAUAUCCCCCCAAUGAUCAUGAAAAACAACAAUGGGGAUGGAAUUGGCUCGAGAGUUGGAUGGCAUCACAACCCUACCAGGCACACCCUGUCGGGCCCAACGAGGGAUCCUACCUGACCCUUGCCACUAAUGACGAUGUGUCUGUUAAAACAGUAGAAAUGGAUCUAGUCACACCCUUGAGCUCAGAAUACAUCACCACGGGCGGUCUCAGUGGGGAGACACUCGACUCCGCACAACACUCCCAGUCACAACGCCAGUCUGGUUCGGACCAGGUCCCAAGCUAUAUGGCCCCAACCCAAUCCGCCAAAGCCAAGGUCCGGGCUCAAAACUUAGGAAAGCACAAAGGCCAGCCCGUUAAGAAAGGGGGACUGGGUAACGGGUUGGCCUUCGACACGUCAAGCUCCGGAGGCAAUGUAACUUAUCAGGUCCCUAGAAGCCCAAGUCCGAACCCGAAAGGAUACGGGAUUGGGGGUAACGGUGUUCGAAGUCAACAGAAAUGGUCGACAGGCUACAGCCCAGAUUCUAGUGGAGGUGAUGAUGGAUCAAUGGGACGUUAUGGAUGGAGACACCAUUUUGGAUGAUUAUGUUAUACAGAUGGUAAUAAUUAGCCUCUCCUCUUCGGUAUGGUAAUUGUGUGAUAUCAUUUCCCUUCUCAAAGUUGUCAAUACAUGUUUACUUUGUUGCCACUUUUAUUUAUAUAAUUAUGCUUUUAUUUUGGGUUAAUCGGAUAUAUUUUAAUUUGUACUAGAUAUGCAACAUGUUAUGUCGUAGGUUUCAAACUAAUUGUUAAAAAGUGUAUAAUUUGAGUGGUUUUAAAUUCUA